AUGGCAGAGGCAGAGGUUGCCCCAAGAAAGAGACUCAUAAUUAAACUUCGUUUGCCGCCUUCAAGACCAGUAUCAUCUGAAGAAUGCACACUAAAGCAUGAUGCUGAUACUGAAAAGCGUGGACCAGAAUUUAUGGCUUCUGAUUCAUGCGGCGAGAAGAGGAAGAAAGAUCAGCAUUGCACCACUACUGAAUACUCGUGUAAUGUAGUGGGAAAGAGCCAUGCAGAAGGUUCUAGAACCUUGUCAACUGAUGCACAGUGCAAACAGAAGAAGGACGAUGACGGUGCUGAUUCUCGCGGAGGCAGAAAGAGAAGAAAGUUGGCAACUUCUGAAGUUUCUGUUUCCACAAAAUCUUCUGUGCAAGAACACCACAACGCAUGUUUAAGAAUCCCAAGAACCGGUUCUAAGGUGCUUGACUCGAAGAACACGAAGAAGGAAGAGGAAGAACAUCACAAUGCAUGUUCAAGAAUCCCAAGAACCGGUUCGAAGAAGGAAGAGGAGAUGAAGGUUGUUCUGAAUGAGCAGAGAAUGGAUCGUUACCAAAAGAUGCAGUGUUGGGUGAUCUUGAAGCGCUUCAUGGUUGGAAGAGAUGGCUGGGCUUUCAAUAAGACUGUGGAUCCCAAGAAGUUAGGGAUUGUUGGUAACAAAUGUGAGAGUGUGUUGUUGAAGCCAAUAGGGUUUGAGGAUAUAGAGUCAAAGCUGCACAAAUUCGUGUAUUCAGGGCCUCAUGAAUUUGCAAACGAUAUGAGGCUUUUGUUUUCUUAUGGAUUCAUGUACCCUCAAAGGGAUCAGAUUCAUAGAGUUGCAAGGAGAUUCAGUGAGAGCUUUGAAAUUACUUGGAAGGCUUUGACAGAAAAGUGGUCAACUGAAGAGAGGAGAAGGAACAAGAUCUUCAAAAGGGGAAGAAUGAAUAAUAAAGCGGUGCACCAAAAGUUUUAG